UAUGGAACAUUUUUAGUUUUUCAAAUGAGCACUCUGGAUUUUCCAGUGACUGUCCUUUCACAUAAGCGAAGGGCUGUGCCUUUAAUUCAUUUCUCUGUCUCUAAAGCUGAAGAUGUUGGUGUCACAGAGCAUGAAGCAGAUUCGAGUGAAGCCGCCGCGGAUACCAAACCCUCAACGACUACCGAGAGACACAUCUCCAUCCAGACCAAACUGGAGGGACUGGAGAUGCUCGUUGACCUGAAUGAGGCAGGGCGGAAAUCUUGUCCUUUGUGCCCAGAGGAGAAGUUCAAAGCUUGCUACAGCCACAAACUGCGUCGCCACCUGCAGAACCUCCACUGGAAGGUCUUUGUAGAGUUUGAAGGAUUCAGGAUGUGCAUCUGCCACCUGCCCUGCAGAAACCUGAAACCAAGCGUCAACGGAGAUCAGGUCAGGAGACCCUCAUUUAAUCCGGACUGUGGGGGUGGAGCUUUGAGCCUAUUGGCUACCAGGGAAUGAAUGACAUCAGGAGGAAGAGUUAUGGUGACAAUAUUUUCAUUCCACAACAGGAUCUGCUGCUGGCUCAUCUAAUGUGGUGUGGGGUAGUGAUUAAGUGG